ACACAUGCGCGCAAGCAGCAGACUGUCCUUCAAUCUGUGAUUUAUACCGUCUGACACCAAAAUGCAGAAGUUCAGCAGUUUCCUACAGCAGACCUUCGUGACUGUAAAACGUCUUUGCGGGUGAAUGGCAGAUGGAUAUCAUUGUGAAAUGUUUAGGUGACCUUCUCAUGCUUCCUCCUGCACGGAAGUGCUAGGAAUGACAGUACAGCUGAGAACGUCUGCUGUUUUUCCAGUUCAACUUCAGUCAGCUGGAAACAGCACUUGCUGUUCGGUGCUCUGCAUUACAGCUCGACACGGAUGAACGCCUUAAUAAUAAUAAUAUCACCAUGAUGGACUUUGUAUCACACACUGCCUACUGGCCUCUCAUUCGAUUCCUGCUGCCACUGGCCAUCACUAAUAUAGCUAUUGACUUUGGAGAACAGGCUUUAAACAGAGGAAUAGCUGCUGUAAAAGAGGACAGAGUUGAGAUGUUGGCUAGCUAUGGUCUGGCGUACUCGCUUAUGAAGUUCUUCACUGGACCCAUGAGCGACUUCAAGAAUGUUGGACUUGUUUUUGUCAACAGCAAGAGGGAGAGAAACAAAGCUGUCCUCUGCAUGGCUGUGGCAGGGAUCAUUGCCAUUGUUUUCCAUGUCCUCAUAGCUUACACAGAUCUGGGUUACUACAUCAUAAAUAAGCUCCACCAUGUGGAUGAAUCGGUUGGAAACAAGACGAGGAAAGCCUUCCUGUACCUUGCAGUAUUUCCAAUAUUAGAUGCAAUUGCGUGGAUUCACACUGGCAUCCUCCUAAAGCACAAGUACAGUCUGCUGGUAGCCUCUGCCUCAAUCUCUGAUGUUGUUGCACAGAUAAUAUUUGUGAUAAUCCUUCUCCAAAGUAACUUGGAAUGUUUAGAGCCUCUUCUUAUUCCCAUUCUCGCUCUGUACAUGGGAGCUCUGGUGCGCUUCACUAUCGUUGGACUGGGCUACUACCGCAACAUCCAUGGCAACAUUCCAGAGUCAAGCAGUCUCGAUCAGGGGGGUGAUACCACUGUAAGGAAGAUGCUCAGUUUCUGGUGGCCGCUUGCACUGAUUUUAGCCACUCAGCGCAUCAGCAGACCCAUCGUCAACCUGUUUGUCUCACGGGACCUUAAAGGCAGCACCGCAUCAAUUGAAGCGGUAGCAGUCCUUACAGCAACAUAUCCUGUGGGUCACAUGCCCUACGGCUGGUUAACAGAACUGCGAGCUGUCUAUCCAGCUUUCGAUAAGAAUAUCCCUUCUAAUAAAUUAGCUGGUGGUCAGCCAGUCACCAAUUCUCACAUCAAGAGAUUCACUCUCUGCUGCUUGAUUCUCUCUUUAACGCUUUGUUUCAUUGUAUUCUGGACCCCGCAUGUUUCUGAGCAAAUCCUCGUAGGCGUCAUCGGGGUGGACAUGGCCUUUGCACAACUCUGCACAAUUCCUCUGAGAAUCUUUUCCUUCUUCCCUCUGCCAGUAACUGUUCGAGCUUAUCUAACGGGCUGGUUAAUGACGUUGAAGAAAACCUUCGUGUUGGCACCCAGUUCUGUCCUGCGCAUAAUUGUGCUCAUCACAAGCCUUCUGGUGCUGCCUCACAUGGGUGUGCAUGGUGCAACACUGGGAGUGGGAUCUUUAUUGGCAGGAUUCGUGGGGGAGUCAACCAUGGUCACAGUGGCUGCCUGUUACGUAUACCGAAAACAGCAGAAAACCCCAGAUACAGAAAUGGUUGUGGAUGAAGAUAACUCUUCCCCAAUGAGUGAGGUCACCUCCAGGACCCAGUUAGAUGAUAUUGAAGUGAAUGAGACUGAGAGGGUGGGAAGAGACAUCAAUGAAAAUGAAUGAAUUGUAGGAUGAGAAAAAUCACCUUGAAGAUGAAUUUUUUAUUUUUUUAUUUUUUUUUCUGAGGGUGAAGAGGUGGAUAUCUGAAGAGGUGCAAUGACCUGACUGAAUCUUUGACAAUUAAGAGUAUGUUUGUGAUUGUUUAGUCCAUUAGAUGUAUUAAUAUCUAAUAAAUCGACAUUUCAUCAUACAACCACCAAAUGACAGACCCUAGCAGAUUAGACAAAUAGAAUUAUGCACUUUUUUUUUUUUUUACAUAUUUACACAUACAGUAAGUCUUCCAAAAUUCCUGUUCUGCUGCCACUGAACAUUUUUGCCAAAACAGACCGAUGCACCAUGGGAGCAAGGCCGGCACUAAUAUUCACAGGGCACAGGGCAACGGCCCUGCCCAAGAAAGAGAACUCCACCUCUUGAAAUGCAUCAAGAACGACUUAAAGAUGUUUUCUUGAGAAGUGUUAUCUGCUGAACUUUGACCACACAACAUACUGCCUAGUUUUUCUUUUACUUUAAAGCACACAAUACUUGGGAGUAUAUUAUAAUGUUCUAGUGGAAUUGGGUUUACUGACUUGGAGCAUUGACUUGAAAUUACAUUUUGUAUGUGUAUAUAUUUAGAUAUUUCAAAUUAUCAGGUUUAAUUUUUUAUACUAUAUUGAUCUUGACAGAUUUUGGCUACUUUGCAAAUCUGUGUAUAUGUUAUUACUUUGGAGACAUUUAAGCCUGAGGAUGACACUCUUCUAUUUAUUGAUUUGGUUGUUUGAAUUGAUUUGUAUAGUGUGACUAUAUUUCUGACCCAGUAUUAGCCAUUUAGGAUCUGCUUCUUUUUGUAACUUGUUUGGGACCAGAUUAUAGAACCAUUUACAUUUAUUUUUUUUCUUCAAUAGAAGGUCUAAGCCAUUUAUAAUUUUUGCAAUUUCUUAUCGAAAUGUAGUUUUAUUCUGUUAAGAAUAAAAAGUGUUUGUGCACA